AUGAACUGGGAUUUGGCAACGGAGGCGCCGAACAGGGCAGAGCAGUUCGGCCAGUUCGGCAGCCUCAAUACCAGCGUUGCUCGGCGAGAACCGAGAUGCAGACUCAUUGCCGUCUCUGGCCUGGCCAGCAACCCUCGCUGGGAAUGGACGGCGUAUUCUCCAGAGACCCGCAUUGCGUGUCACUGGCUGUCCGAACUCCUGGGAAAGCACACAAAAGGUGUGGCCGUCGAGGUGUUCCGGUACAAUCUUUUCCCUGGUAGCAUCGGUGGUUUCCUCUCGGAAGAAGGCCUCACGAGCGCGGCCAACCGGCUCCUGAGCAUGGUGGACAGAGCAACAGGUCCCCCGAAGGUAGGUCGCCGCAAGUACGACAGCUUUGGCCUUCCUCCCGAAAAUCAACAGUCGGCACCAAUCGUGUUUGUGGCUCACGACCUCGGCGGCGUCGUGGUCAAGAAGAUCUUUUUUGGAACACCACACCGCGCACUUGACGAAGGGUCGUGGGAGGACUUGCUGCUCAGUAUUAUUCUUGCAUCGCCGGCAAAGUUACGCAUGGUCCCUAACCUAUCCACACGCCUCGGGCGUCUUUCGCAUUUCCUCGAGGACGUUUCCAGUAGCUUCCUCGCAGUGGCAACAGAAUAUCGAUUCAUCAACGUUUACCAACAUGUGGAUGCAGAAUCAAAAGACCAGCCGGUUCUGCCUCCGUACUCGGCAACCAUGGGCGUCGUUCACGAGACCAUACUCCCCCGCCAGAGAAAUCAUGAAGACCUGUGCACGUUUACCAGUGACGACGAUCCUGUAUUCCUCGACAUAGCGAGUGCUAUUCGCGCCGAAACGAACGGAAUGUAUCGUGGCACACUCAAUUUCUUGGCCACCAAGUUUCCGCCCUACGAGCUGUUUCAGUCUCAUGAUGACGACCUGCACCGUUUUCUAGAGCUUAGUCAGUGGAAGCAAGCCAAGAACCAUGCGAAGCCAGCAGCUCUGGCGUAUCUCGACGAGCACUUCGCCAAACACGGCACUCUUCUUGGCGUCGGGGAGGGUGUUUUGGAUGCCAAAGCCCUCUAUCAAUGCAUGCGAUCCAAUGGGCGGCCUGUCCUUUACUUUUCUACUUCCCACUUCAGCGUUAAGAUACGACAACCCAGCAGCCUGUGGGGUUCCCUUGUCUAUCAGCUGCUUUCCCACAAACCGCACCUCUACAGUCGCGUGAAGGACCUCGCAAAAGUCUUGAAAGCGACUGGUGCAUGGACCACACUAAACGCUGCAAAGGUGUUUGGGAGGCUGCUCUCCAACGCGCUUCCAACGCCCAACGGGUUUCCAAUGUCAGACGCGGCAGGCAAAAAUGCAGUGACCUAUGUGCUGAUCGAAAACCUCCCCUUAAACGACCCGGAAUGGGAAGUCUCGGCAAAAUGUCUUCACUCCCUUCAAGGUAUAGACAGUUCCGACGGACUCGAGGAAAGCAACAAGACAACGGUCAUAAAGCUAGUCUUACUCUACGAUCGACGUACACUGGCCGCAGGAGCAGUCGAUGGCACGCCUUGGGCCGAAGCGAAAGUCGUUGAUCCCGUCACUGUUUUUGGCAAAGAACCCCUAAGGAAGUUCUCUGAGGUUCUUGCGACGACGUGGCCCUCCAAGGCGCAUCGAGAACAGUAUAAGUCUCUGAUCCUGGAUCAGUGUGGAUACAACGCCGAAGAAAUAUACGGCCUUCGCGCCGUUAUCGAGAAGAACCUUGCGAAGCUUGAUCUCGUCAUACCAGACACCAUUACCAGGGACUUUGUUUGGGAAACACUUGAAAGCAACGUCAAUGACGCUUUCCGCUUCUCUCCAUCAUGGGCGAAAGUUGCCAUCGGUUGGGUUCUUUGCUCAAAACGACCCCUGACGCAAGACGAGCUUUGGGCUGGCAUACAGCUCUCGAGCAGCAACCGUUCCAUUCCGGACAUGGCUCGUGCUCUCAAAGCGAUUUAUGGCACCCUCAUCUGCGCCACCGCGAAAAGGAUAUGUUUUCCAAACAAAACCAUCCGCGAUUACUUCCACGACUCCCUCUCAAAGGAAAAGGAUCACCUGGGAGACGACUGGCCCAAGCUUGAAAUCCCUGGCGACAGCGAGAUUACCGACGUCCUGAUCAACUGCAUUGUGACCAAGGAGAAAGAUUCCGUGCCGCAGACAGUACUACGCCUGACAGCGUAUGCGGCUGAAUUUUGGCAACAGCAUCUUGAGGAUGCACAAGUGGACACCGCAAAAAUUUCGAGCUUGGCAGAGAACACCGCGUUCAUGGGUGUCCUGCGAAAGCAGGAGCACGACUCGUACUGGGCGAGGUUCAAGAGCACAAAAUCCCUUGACAUGACCGGCCCUCUCGUGCUCGCAGCACAAGUCGGAAUCCCCACUGUUGUGACUGACAUUCUUGAAGGCACGACGAGCGUACGGGAGAUUGGUAGCGCCGUCACCAUGGCCGCCCGAUACAACAACUCCAAGGUUGUGGAAGUCCUCCUCGCAUCGACUAAGCUGUCGGACGGAUACGAGGCGGACGAUGCUGUCAACGCCGCCCUGGAGAUUGCAGUAGUGCACCAUUGCACUGCCGUCUAUAACCCGAUUUUGGGCUGGUUGGAAGGGCCCGCGAACGUCCGUUCAAGACGCGUUCCAGCGGAACUUUUACACCUUCUCGCAUGCCAUGCCGCCACUUUCGGCUAUCUUGAGCUACUACAGCUUCUGGUGCAGACGUACGGAGCAAAGGUCGACUUACCGACAGGGCAAACGAGUCCACUGUGCCAGGCGGUGCGCCAUGGCAAUGUGAACUGCACCAAGUUUCUUGUGCAGGAAGCAGGCGCAGUUAUUCACAAUGCAAUGGCCGUGGCAUACAAUGACGUAUCGAAUGACUCACAGAGCGCCACUUCCGAUGACAUCAAUGAAGACAUAAACCCCGGCGAUGUCAUUGAAGAUAUAAACCCCAUUCUUGUCGCCGCGCAGCGGGGAUAUACAGACAUCGUUGCCAUCUUGCUUGACGAGACUGCCGUUCAGAUCGACGGCGACAGCAACGGCGAGAGUACGGCCUCAUGCGAAGCAGACGGCUCAAGAAAAACGUGUGUUGUUCCUUGGUCCGUGAUGGAAGAUGCCAUGAUUGCUGCCUGCAGUGACGGCCAUAUCGAGACUGCCAAGCAUAUUUUGCAACAUCCCGCCGUGGCGGCCGUGCCCCAGUCCUAUCGGCGUACAAGCAGCGACCUUUUGUGUUCUGCCAUCCGUGCAGAACCGCAAGCUGGUGCGGACUCUCUCGCGAUGGUCAUCCUGAAGUCAUCCCGGCCUACAGAACAAAGACAAGAUCUCGUCCUUCCGUUCAUCCGCGCGGCAGAGUUUGGCCAGCUGGAGUUUAUUAAAUUCUGCUUCACGCUCGACGACCCCAACGCAGAAGUGGUCUUUACGAACGGUAGCGACCGGAUCGACCGGAUGGCGCUGCAUUGUGCCGCUGGGAAUGGCCUUGAUGAAAUUGUCCGCUGCCUCCUGCUGCACAAGGCAGAUCCGAACGUGACCGACGGGACCAACUUGACGCCUUUGGCCCUUGCGGUUCUGUCCGGACACGCUGAUACCGUGCAAAUUCUUCUGGAGAACAAGGCCGAUGUAUCGUGGGUUGGGCCGGCGACACGCGGCAUCUUGGCGUCGGCAGCCAUGUCGCGGAAUUGCGAGCAGGAGGUGCGCGUGGUUCAGCUGCUGCUGCAGCACCGCGCCUCGGUCAACGCCCUUGAUGGCUCCAAACACACAGCACUGCACUGGGCAGCACAGAGGGGCCACAUCAACAUCUUGGAAGUAUUGCUGGCGCACGACGGCAUCGAUGUCACAAUGACGGGCGACCGAGACAUGAACGCACUGCACAGUGCUGCACAAAGCUCCGCGCGUACGGCCAAGAUCGCCGCCGAGAUGCUGAUUGCUGCCGGUAUCAGCACUGACAAGGCCGAUAUCGAUGGGUGGCUGCCGCUGCAUCUAGCGGCCGGCUGGAACAGCGUGGAGAUGACAAAAUUCUUGCUGGGAAAUGACACGAGCCGGUUGCAUGCGGUCACGACGAACGGCGACACUGUCCUUCACGCGGCCUACAAGACGUGCGAAGUGCUGAUUUGGCUGCUGGAUGAGGGCUUCGAUGUGGACGCAGUAAACCAUGAUGGCAAGACGGUGCUCAUGCACGCCGCCAAGAACGGGGUGGACCAGGCCGUGGGACUGCUGCUGGCCUUCGGGGCCAACACCGACUUGCUGGACCGGUGGGGCCGCAGCGCGCUGCACCAUGCCGUCGAGACAAAGAGCCUGGAGGUGGCGCGCAAGCUGCUGGAUGCCAACCCGGCCGUUCUCUUCCACGUGGACUCUUCGGGCGCAUCAAUCCUGCACACGGCCAUUACGCGCGGCCUGAUGUCAUUCGCGCUGGACGUGCUGAACGAGCUCGAAAAGUACUCGAAAGAAAACGACAUGAAGGGCGACAUGGUCCAGAUCCUGAACGCCGCACCAAGCUCCUUACAGCGGUCGGCGUUGAUCCAUGCGGUCCGACGAGGCAACGAGGAGGUUGUGGCGAAGAUGGUGGAGCUCGGCGCGGACAUUGAGCUGCGAGACUACCGGGCAGAAUCGGCCCUGUCGUGCGCCAUAGAACGGAACAACGAAAACAUUGUCAGGUUGUUGCUGGAGAGCCUUCUCCGCGACGCAAAGAACAGCGAGGGUAAAACAGCCGCCGGAAAGGCGGCCAGUUCAAAAGCAAAGAAGUUUGCGGCACCGUUGCAGGUUGCGGCCGGGACGGGCAACAUGAGCAUGGUGGAUCUGAUUCUCGGCUACGGCGUGGACGUCAACGAGGAGAGCGGGCAGCUCAACACGGCGCUCACGGCGGCGGCGGCCGGGGGCUGCAGCGAGGUAGUGCGCAAACUACUGGAACGCCAAGCCGACCCGCUGCGCAGCGGCGGGUCGUAUCCCAACGCACUGAGCGCGGCGGUGUCGUCGUCGUCGACGGGGACGGUCGACCUGCUGCUUGAGAAAAACAAGUCUGCGGCACUGGCGCGGGACGUCCAAGGCCGGAAUGCGCUGCAAGUGGCAGUGCAGUCGCGGGCGCUGGAUGCGUUUGAAAAGAUUCUGAGCGUGGUCGAGGAGCUCAGUGCUGACGGCAGCCGGGCGGCUCUGAUGCCGUUUGGCAGGGCGCUCGACCCGGACAAGCAGGGCCGGCGGCUGCUGCAUUUCGCGGCGAGCUCGGGCGACGUGGACACGCUGCGGUACUUUUUGGAGCACCCACGCCUGCAGCUCAAGGACGAGAUUGACAUUCUGGACAACGACGGCUGGACACCCCUGCACUGGGCGUGCCGGCCGGAGGGUGGCGCCGACGCUGUCGGCCUUCUGCUGGCGUGCGGGUCGGACCCGAGCAUGGAGACACGGGACGGCUGGACCCCGCUCAACAUUGCGCAGUACCACGACUCGGCCGACACACUGCUGUUGCUGGAGGAGGCGCUCAAGGACCACGCGCGGAAGAUUGCGGAGCGGAAGGCCACGAGACUCGUCCGUGCGGCGGCGGGCACGGGGGGAGAUGUGGCGCUGGUGGCCGAGGCGAUUGUGGAGCCGCAAAUCUACGGGAGACCGCUGGCGCGCGGGUACUCGAACUGGGGCAUCACGUGCGACGGGUGUAUGUUGGAGCCGACGAUCGGUGCCUGCUACCAGUGUCUGGACUGUGCGGACUACGACUUCUGCUUCAAGUGCCACUGGAGCGCCGAGACGACGCACUUCAAAGGCCACAGGUGGAAGCAGCGCGAGGGCACGGUAGACCCACAGAACAACCGGCAGCCGCCGUAUCAAGCACCCGUGAUCAACCGAGUGCGCUCGCGGGCCCGGUCACGGGAGCCGCCGAUGAUGGCAUACACGAACAUGUCCCGGUUUUACUGA